AUGUUGAACUUUACGGGUCAGACGCACAAACGUGUGGUUAAUUUGGGCAACCGUGGGCGUAAUGGCAGUGGUUCUGGAUCCAAGAACUACUUGGAACAAACUAGAAUACAGAGGCUACAACGAGAAGAACAGCGACAAAAGGAGAAGUCCGGAUUGCUAUUGCAAUCGUAUAUUCGUAGACAUCUAGACCUUUCUGAGAGUGGGGAGAAAUUGAAACUGGAAUGGCUUCAAAACCGUGGCAAUUUUGUAGAUGAAGAGCAAUGGAAUUUGUGGAUUCUUCAGUUCAACUUUCUUGCCAAAUGGACUUUGCCUCAGCAGCCGAUUGCAGAAUUGUCUUUCCAAUUGAAAGUUCUAUUUGAGGAUUUACAACUUAGUAAAUUUGACUUAUCUCAAAGACAAUUUAAUCUUGACCAAAGCCAGAAGCUUCUGGUUGACGAACAGAUAAUCCAGAUUAUCUGCUUCAUUUUAGACAAGUUCGGCUCGAAAUACGUAGUGGAGUUGCCUGAUAUUAUCAACUAUUUGUCGUCAUUUGUAUUAAAUACAAAUGUUUCACAGAAUUUGCAGGCACAGAUUAUAGAAUUGGUAUUUAAGUUUAGCACUAAUAGCUUGUCGAUUUGGAAAUUGUUAACUUCGCCAGGUUUGUUUAAAGAUAUUGGAGACACCAAAAGAUAUUUGGAGAGAAUCAGGACAAGUGAUUUUGCUAGUGAAGCUUUUGGAGCUGCCAAUAACUUCGAUGGGAAUUCACUAGUAAGUGUUUUGGUGAAUUUCCUAACAAUUCAUACGGAGAAUGAGCCUUUUAUCAACGAGGAUUUGUUCUUUAUAGCCAGCGUUUUUGAGCGUAUUUCGUUUUCGAUACAUAGGAUAGAUGAAGACGUAGAUGAAGACGACUUCGAAGAUUUUCAAUCCAGAUCAACAGAAGACGUUCUUGUGGUGUCUCAGAAUUGCAUUGAUACAAUAAGUCUUUUGUACUCUACCACUUUCAUCAGACAAAUCUUUGAUCAUUUCACAGCGCGUGAAGAUGACAACAAGCUCUCUUGGGCAGCAUUACAGAUCAUUUCCACGUUGAUAUUCUUCUACCCUGCAGCCAAAAGUAAACUUUGUAUGCUUAUCACUAUCAUUCCCAAUUCAUAUAGACGCUUUUUUGCCCAGUUGGAAUCUCACGAAAUCUACCAAAAACUCAUUUCUCAAACAGUAGAAACUGGCAAAGAUUUCCUUAUAAAACCACAGAUCGAAGAGUUAUACACAAAUAUGGAUGCUCACUCGAUUGGAUUUUUCUGGAAAACGUUAUAUACUUUCCAGGAACUUUACUCCUACUGGUUGAUAGUUUCCAACGACUUGGAGAGUUUCCAAGAGGACAAACUUAAUCUCAAGGAUGUAUCUCAGUUUCUCAUUUUCCUGAGAUCGUUGUGUUUGACAUUGAUUUUCUGUAACGACAAACCGGAUUAUUUCCAUCAGUACGAAAAGUUGAAGGAUAUUUCCAUUUCAUUGUUAAACCAGUUGUAUAUGAAGAAUUUGCGCUUGCGAUUUUUGCCUGAUGAUUUCUGGAAAUUGAAGGUGCUCAAGUUCAACAUCGACAGUUUGUUACAGAUAAUAGCUGAGGAAGAAGAGAAACGCAUUGAAGAAAUGGACAUUGACGAGGAUGACUCCUUUCAAUCUAAAAACAUGUCGAGUGCUUCUGCUGAAACUUUGGCAAAGUUGGAGAUGUUGAAAAAAGUACCCUUCUUCAUUGAAUUCAAAGAUCGUGUUAGGGUAUUCCAAUCUUUGAUUGAAUUGGAUAGACAGCGUAAUCUCUCUGUUGGUCCAUUCUUCGAUUCAAAGCUUGGAGCGAACAUUAGAAGAGAGUUUUUGCUUGAAGAUGCUUAUAACAGCUUCCAUAAGGCUGGUUCCAAUUUCAAGAAUCGUAUUCAGGUCAGUUUCUUCAAUGAAUAUGGUCCAGAAGCUGGAAUUGACGGUGGUGGCAUAACUAAAGAAUUCCUCACCAGUGUAGUCAGAGAAGGAUUUGAUCCCUCUAAUGAGCUUGAAUUGUUUAAGGAAACAAUCAGUGACAAUCAGAUAUAUCCGAACGACGACAUCCACAAGUCAAUCACUGUAGGUGAUGAUCCACAGCUUCAGCAGAAGAAGCUUCUGUAUUUGAAGUUUCUUGGAAGCAUUGUAGGCAAAUGUCUCUAUGAGAACGUCUUGAUUGAUGUCUCAUUUGCACCUUUUUUUUUAAACAAGUGGUGCAAUGACAAUAUGAAAAACUCCAUCAACGACUUGAACUACUUGGACCAUGAGUUGUUCAUGGGUUUGAUGAAGUUAGUGAAGAUGCCGGAACAGGAGUUGGAUAGCUUGGACUUAAAUUUCACUGUUAAUGAAACUUUGAAAGGAAAGAAUUAUGUAUUUGAUUUGCUUCCUCCAAAUGGAGAGAAUACCAAAUUGAAUCUGUCGAACAAAUUGAGUUACAUACAUCAAAUUUCCAACUUCAAAUUGAACCAGUCGUUGCACAUCCAGACGAAGUACUUUAUUGAAGGUCUUUUUGGACUUAUCUCGUCUAGCUGGUUGAGCAUGUUUGAUUCGUUUGAGCUCCAGAUGCUUAUAUCUGGUGGCCAAAACGAUAUCAACAUUUUGGACUGGAAGAAUAAUGUAGAAUAUGGAGGCUAUUUGGACAGCGACAUCACUGUUCGUUACUUCUGGGAAGUGGUAGCGGAAAUGACUCCCGAUGAGAGGUUUGCCCUUAUCAAAUUUGUCACUUCCGUUAGUAGAGCACCACUCCUUGGAUUUGGAUCUUUGAAUCCAAAGUUUGGAAUUCGAAAUUCAGGAAGCGACACUUCCAGAUUACCUACUGCUUCAACUUGUGUGAACUUGUUGAAGCUUCCAGACUAUAGGAACAAGGAACUUAUAAGGUCCAAGUUGUUGUAUGCCAUAGAAGCCGAAGCUGGCUUUGAUUUGAGUUAGUCCAUAAUCUUACAGUUGGUAUGUAGUGAAAACUUAAUGUACAAUUGAUAUGAU